GCGCGUGCAACUAAAACUGCGCACUUUUUUAUGUGUUAUUACAGGACCUGAAUGGACAUGCAGAAUCUCGUGAACAAUCUGAAGAGCACCGCUCUUAGCGUUGGAGAAAUGCUGACCCCUGUUUUGAAAGAAAGCAAAUUCCGCGAAACAGGAGUUUUGACGCCAGAAGAAUUCGUCAUCGCAGGUGACCAUCUCGUACAUCAUUGCUCUACCUGGCAGUGGUCAAGGGCUGCUGAUCCAAGCAGAACGCGCUCCUAUCUCCCUGAAGACAAACAGUUUCUGAUUGUGCGUAAUGUUCCAUGCCAUAAACGAUGCCGACAAAUGGAAUAUGACCCAAGUCUGGAGAAGAUAUUGUCUUCAAACGAGAUUGGCGCCGAAGAAGGUUUUGCUGGUGACGAAGACAGUGGCUGGGUAGACACGCAUCAUUUUGGUCAUGAAGGAGGAGAGAUGAAAAGCGUUGAAUUAGGAGCAACGGGGGCUGAUAACGGGAACGAUGAUGGUGAUGGUGAUGACGAUGAACCGGCUAUGGAUCUUGAUGAUUUUGUCGAAUCUGGCGGUCUUGAAGAUAUCGACCCAAACAGGUACAUCGCUUCUCAUUCUGCACCAGUAGCCGAAGUUGAAAGACCUCGGACAUAUGAUCUACACAUCACUUAUGACAAGUACUACCAGGUUCCGAGAUUAUUUCUCAUGGGGUAUGACGAGAAUAGGAAGCCUCUGACCGUUCAGCAAACAUAUGAAGAUUUUUCAGCCGACCAUGCGAAUAAAACCAUCACCGUUGAAUCGCAUCCUCAUAUAGACUGCGACAUGCCAACUGUACAUCCUUGUCGACAUGCUGAGAUGAUGAAGCGCUUACUCGACCAAUUAGCCGAGAACGGCAAGGAACUUGGAGUGCAUGAAUAUUUGCUAAUCUUUUUGAAAUUUGUCCAGACCGUCAUUCCAACAAUCGAAUUAAUUCUGCCUGCGAAGGAAACAUGUGUAUUUUUUGUUGAUUGACUAAAGCUGAGAGUAAGAAAGUUUUAUCAUUAACCAGCUAUACAUUUUCUCUAGCAUACUUGUUUACCUUUCUAUGUUUUUUGCCCAGUUUUCACAUGAAAGUUUUUCUGUGAUACGUAACAGGAGUCUCUGCU